AUGUGGAGCUGGCACGAGUCGGGUGAGGAGGAGGCGGAGGCUCACGUGGUCGCGGCUGUGGCUGCCGAUAGGCCUGCAACCUCCGGGAAAAGCAUCUGGCGGCUCGCACAGCAUUUGGCCCCAAGAGCUGGGAGCGCGGGCCCCUCUGGUGAGCUUGGGGGCAAGAGUCCUGUGCGUGGUCCCCGGGAUUUUGAGUCUCUGGCCGCGUUGCUAGCGAGGAGGCUGGCUGCCGAGAUUUUGCAACUCGACUACAAGCUGGAAUCACAAGCGCAACAGAUAGUCUUGCUGAAGAAGCGCCUGGAGUCUCACGAGGGUGGUAUCGCGGUCAUAAGCUACGAGGAGCUCGCCUCCGCCGUUGCGAACACGGCGAUGGUCUUAGAGAAGGAGGUGAAGGCGGUCGCGUUAGAAAGGGCAGCCCUUCGCGACCAGCGGAACCAGGAGGAGUUGACGCUGGGUCGCAUUGAUGCGAGGUUGGGAAAGCUGGAGGGGGUGGUGGUCGACUCGAUGGAAGGCGUGCAGAAGAAGCUGACCGACGAGGUUUUGCGGAAGAUCGACAACAUGUCGACCGCGGUCUCCGCCACAGCAGUGCGGGCCAUCACCACCAGCGGGGUCACCAACGCCUUGCACACGCUCAUCACCAUUGUUUCCGGUAGUCCGCCGCCGUGCACGGACACGGAAGAACCGCACGCGACGGAGACAGCCAAACCCGGAGAUACAGAGAAUGGGAAGCGGGCCGCAGGUGCGAGGGUGGAUAACCAACGGGGGGCGAAGAGGCCGAGAGGUCCUCAGGCAGCGGCCGCGGUUCGCAACCUGAGUGUGCAGGACAUCCUGAAGCAGAAGUGGGGCGCGGCACCUCGGGGUGCAGGACAGCCUGCUCCACCGGGUUCGUGCUCGCGCUCUAUCCCCGCAGGAGAAUCAGCGCCGAAACCUCCAGCCCCUGCGCAGGCAAACGCGACGGUGACGGUGACAACGGGUAAGGGCAAAGGGAAGGUGGAGGAGGAGGAGCCGGCUAUAACGGGUAAGAGGACAGUGAAGCUUGAGGUUCAGCACGCGGCGGCGGCGGCGGAUGCCAAGCACACCGCGAUCGCACCCGCACUUGCUGCCGCAGUGACAGGGCGGCAUGGCCCCAGUGCGAGUAAUUCUGCAGGUCCGAGUGGGGCCGCGGUCGAGCCCAAGACAGAGAAACGCGGCAGGGGUGCCAAGAAAACGCCGCCUCCACCCGUAUUCACCAUCGACGAUGACGGUGCGGACGAUGAGCUGGAGAAUCUCGUGACGAUAGUGGUUGGCCUGGCAGACAACGGAGGCGACAAGGGCAAGGUUUCCGAACCGCACUUGGCGGGGAAGAAGUGUUGGCUUGGACACGGCAACCUCGAGGACCUACAGUAUCUCACCGCAGUCGCGAUCACGCCGUUCGACAAGAAGGUGGACCCCGGGCUUCACCUGAGCAGCCAGCAGCUCCAGAAGUGGGCUGCGGAUCUCUCCGCGGCCGCACAGUUAUACACCGGCAUUUUCAUCACGAUGCAUCUCCGCAACCUGACGAGCAGCAAGGACAGGUGGGCGCGCAUGUUCAAGACCUUUCGAGAGAUCACCACACCAGCAUCCAACACAACCAACGAGAUUGCCUUGGCCGCGGUGGUAGGUAAAGAGGCUGCAACAGAGGAGCCGGAUAUCGGCGACGUGGCGCCGAACGAGUACGCGGGCGCUGUCGCAUGCGCGAUUGCAAUGGUGUGGGAAGUGACGCGCGGUUCCAACAUCACGGCUGCAGCGGAUUCAGGGCAUUUGGCCGCGAAAAGUGCCGGUUGCCUUGGUGAACGCAACCGAACCUACCCUCCAGUUGUCGGAUACGUCCUCAACGCUGUGAGGAGGCACAGUCAGCGCGAGAAUGCAACGGAAGAGGACCCGAAGCAGGUCGCGGCCGCGGUUGUAUCCUCUGUCGUGAACGCCCUGGGGGCACGGUUCAACGAUGUCAGGCACGUCGAGAUGGCCGCCCGCGAGGUAGUGGACGUGCUCAUCACCUGA